AUGGCUGACAGAUAUAUCCCGGAGCAUCGCCGCACUCAAUUCAAAGCUAAGAGCUCGUUCAAGCCCGAGGACCUGCGUCGCCGUCGUGGAGAACAGCAGAUUGAGAUUCGAAAGCAGCGAAGAGAGGAGAACCUCGCCAAACGUCGAGGCAUCCAGACUCGCAAUGGUCAGGUCGGCGUGGAGCCCGGCAUGGCCGGCUUGGAUAGUGAUGAAGAGGGUGCCCCUGUAGAAACUGAGCUCGACUCGGAGCUUCCCGAGAUGGUGAAGGGCGUUUUCUCGGACAAAAUUGAAGAACAAAUUUCAGCUACAACUAAAUUUCGAAAACUGCUCUCUAAAGAGCGCAACCCCCCGAUCGAACGCGUUAUUGAAACCGGCGUCGUAAGCCGCUUCGUCGAAUUCCUGCGAUCCCCCCACUCCCUGGUUCAGUUUGAAGCUGCGUGGGCCUUGACCAACAUCGCGUCUGGGUCUGCCCAGCAGACUCAAGUGGUUAUUGAGACGGGCGCAGUCCCUAUUUUUGUCGAGCUUUUGAGCAGCCCUGAGCCUGAUGUGCGUGAACAAGCUGUGUGGGCGCUGGGUAAUAUUGCUGGAGACAGCCCGUCAUGCCGUGACUUUGUGCUGUCGGCUGGAGCUCUGCGCCCGCUCCUUGCCUUGAUCAGCGAGGGCCGCAAGCUCAGCAUGCUCCGCAACGCUACCUGGACCCUGAGCAACUUCUGUCGUGGAAAGACGCCACAGCCGGACUGGCCAACAAUCUUGCCUGCACUGCCAGUGCUCGCCAAACUGGUUUACAUGUUUGACGACGAGGUGCUUAUCGAUGCCUGCUGGGCAAUCUCGUAUCUGUCGGACGGAGCGAACGACAAGAUCCAGGCGGUGAUUGAGGCGGGCAUCCCGCGACGGCUGGUGGAGCUGCUCAGCCAUGCGUCCACGUCGGUGCAGACGCCGGCGCUGCGGUCGGUGGGCAACAUUGUUACGGGCGACGACAUCCAGACGCAGGUGAUCAUCAACUGCGGGGCUCUGCCGGCACUGCUCUCUCUGCUGAGCUCGACCAAGGAUGGGAUCCGCAAGGAGGCGUGCUGGACGAUCUCGAACAUCACAGCGGGCAACUCGACGCAGAUCCAGGCGGUGGUGGACGCGAACAUCAUCCCGCCGCUGAUCAACCUGCUGUCGAACGGCGACUUCAAGACGCGCAAGGAGGCGUGCUGGGCGAUCUCGAACGCGACGUCGGGAGGGUUGCAGAAGCCGGACCAGAUCCGGUACCUGGUGUCGCAGGGGUGCAUCAAGCCGCUGUGCGACCUGCUGGCGUGCCCGGACAACAAGAUCAUCCAGGUGGCGCUGGACGGGCUGGAGAACAUCCUGAAGGUGGGCGAGCUGGACAAGGAGAGCGGGGAGAUGGGGGCGACGAGCGUGAACCGGUACGCGCUGUUCAUCGAGGAGGCGGGAGGCAUGGAGAAGGUGCACGAGUGCCAGAACAACGCAAACGAGGAGAUCUACAUGAAGGCGUACAACAUCAUCGAGCGGUACUUCUCGGACGAGGAAGAGGCGGGAGCGGACAUCGACGAGGUGGCGCCGCAGCAGACGCAGGCGGGGUUCACGCUGGGGACCAACCGGGCGGCGGCGGCGGGCGGGGCGGCGUUCAACUUUGCGAACGGCGGGGAUACGAUGGACAUGUGA